AGGGUGACGGUGCAAAAGGACACGAUGGUGCCCAACGCGGUGACGCUGGUCAUCGAGCGCGAGGAUCACACCGUCGGCAACCUGCUGCGCAUGUGUCUGCUGGAGGACAAGGAGGUACUCUUCAGCGGCUAUCGCGUGCCCCACCCCCUCGAGCCGGCGAUCCAGCUCAAGGUGCAGACGAAAUCCGAGGACCCGGGACCUGUCAAGGCGGUGGACACCGCCAUCGAGCGUUCGGUGGCCACGCUCGACAAAAUCGGAGAGGCCUUUGCCAAGGCCAAGGCGCGCCACUGA